AUGAGGGAGCUCAUGACUUACAAGUACAUGGGCCCAAAGUCAGCUUCGGUGGUGAUGGGUUGGUGCUUGAAGCGAGACAGUUUCACCGUGGAUGUGCACAUCUAUCGCAUUGCGGGAUUGUGGCAUUGGAGGCCGGAGAAAGCCACGAAGGAGUUGACGCAGUCGCAUCUGAAUGCGAGGAUUCCGAAGGACUUGCAGUUCGACUUGCACUUUCUCUUGCUGCAGCAUGGGCGGGAGUGUCCGGCUUGUAAGGGCGGAGCGAAGAGUGGUGCAGUCUGCUUGUUGAAAGGCAAAGAUGCUGGCAAGGCAUGA